AGGACACCGGGCAGAGUGCGUUCCGCCGAUCAUCUCCGUCCCUCCCCUCAGCAAGCAGAUUGCCUAUGCCGCUGACGACAGACAGUCACACAGUGUUGUGAGCGUGAGGCUGUGGGGAAACUGCAUCAAGGAGCAAGAACUGCAUGUGCGCUUGCAUCGGGAACGGUGCGUGGGAGUUGUUCAUCUCUCUACCUGCCAUUUGCAUUCCUUCUUUAUUCUCUACACUGAUCCUCGGACGAGUUCGGGUGCACAGGGAGUCCCAUUACCGAGGGAGGCUUGCGCUGUGUUCGUGUGCGUGUGUGCGUGUGUGUGUGUGUGUGUAUAUACGUGUGAGUGAGUGAGUGAGUGAGUGUGUGUGUGGGUUGCCUGUUAAAACUACAGCUGUCAUCUUAGAACCGCGGAACUGCUGUUGUGGAGAAAGUCAUUGGAAAUCUGCAAGAAACGGCUGGCUGUUGUCUUUUCUUCACACACACCCCCCCCCCACCCCUCGAUUUUUUGAAAGCUGUCUUUCAAGGCGAUGGACUUGAGAUAGUGCGUCUCAAUUUGAGUGUUGGUGGCUGGGAGUUACCGUCGGGGAGAAAUGCGAAAGGAUGCUUGGAAGCAGUGAAGGCUACAGCAGGUAACCGAUAAGAUGGCGGCCGGGGAAGCGACUGGGCACAGCUACCUGGUGGCUUGCUGGCAGCCCAUUCUGAUACUGAUGCUGGGCACCGUGCUGUCUGGCUCCACUACAGGCUGUCCAUCCCGCUGUGAGUGCAAUGUUCAAGAGCGCUCUGUGAUGUGCCACCGCAAGAAGUUCAUGACAGUUCCCGAGGGCAUUCCUGCAGAAACAAGGCUGCUGGACCUAAGCAAGAAUCGUAUUAGAACCAUCAACCCAGACGAGUUUGCCUUUUUUCCCAACCUCGAACACCUGGAGCUCAGUGAAAACACGAUUUCCACUAUUGAACCUGGAGCAUUCAACAACCUUUACGGCUUGCGGACAUUGGGGCUGCGUAGCAACAAGCUUAAGCUGAUCCAGCUCGGUGUCUUCACAGGCCUGAGUAAUCUCACACAGCUGGACAUAAGUGAGAACAAGAUUGUCAUCCUGUUGGACUACAUGUUCCAGGAUUUGUACAACCUCCGGUCCUUAGAGGUGGGUGAUAACGACCUAGUUUUCAUCUCCCACCGAGCUUUUCAUGGCCUUAGUAGCCUCGAGCACCUGAGUCUUGAGAAAUGCAACCUGUCCUCUGUGCCAACAGAGGCUUUUACCCACCUCCACAGUUUGAUCACGCUCAGGCUGCGUCUCCUCAAUAUCAAUGUCAUACGGGAUUAUUCCUUCAAACGUCUCUACCGGCUGAAAGUGUUGGAAAUAGCCAAUUGGCCAUAUCUGGAUACGAUGACCCCAAAUUGCUUGUAUGGAUUAAAUCUCACCUCCCUAACCAUUGCAAAUGCCAACCUAACCACAGUUCCUUAUGUAGCCCUGCGGCACUUGGUUUAUUUGCGCUUUCUAAAUCUUUCAUAUAACCCUAUCCAUACCAUUGAGGGGAAUAAGCUCCAUGAUCUUCUGCGUUUGCAAGAAUUUCACCUGGUAGGAGGCAGACUGGCAAUGAUUGAGCCCUACUCUUUCCGUGGUCUAAACUAUCUGAAGAUCCUAAAUGUGUCUGGAAACUCUCUCAGCACUUUAGAGGAGUCUGCUUUCCAUUCAGUUGGCAACCUGGAAACCCUUGCCUUGUAUGAUAAUCCCCUGGCCUGUGACUGCAGACUGUUAUGGGUUUUCCGACGACGCUGGAGACUGAAUUUCAACAGGCAGCAGCCUACCUGUGCAUCCCCGGAGUUUGUCCAAGGCAAAGAAUUCAAAGACUUUCCGGAUGUCCUGCUGCCUAAUUACUUCACGUGUCGCAAGUCUAGGAUUAGGGAUCGCAAACCCCAGCAGAAAUUUGUUGACGAAGGAGCCAUUGUUCAUUUUGCUUGCCAAGCAGAUGGAGAUCCUUCUCCAGUGAUAAUGUGGCUAUCUCCACAGAAGAAGUUUAUCACCACCAAGACAAUUGGAAGGCUAUCCGUGUUGCCAGACGGUACCCUCGAGGUUCGCUAUGCCCAGAUUCAAGACAAUGGUACAUACGUGUGUGUAGCUAGCAACGCAGGCGGAAAUGACACCUCUCUUGCUCACCUACACAUUCAUAGCUACUCGCCUGACUGGCCACAUCAGCCCAACAAGACUUUUGCCUUCAUCUCCAACCAGCCCACAGAAACUGGUGCUAACGGUACAAGAGCCAAUGCCCCUUUCCCCUUUGAUAUAAAGACGUUGAUCAUUGCGACCACAAUGGGUUUCAUUUCUUUUCUCGGUGUCGUCUUGUUUUGCCUGGUGCUGCUAUUCCUUUGGAGCAGAGGUAAAGGCAACACAAAGCACAACAUUGAGAUUGAGUAUGUGCCACGGAAAUCGGACGCUGGCAUGAGCAGCAGCACAGCCGAUGCUCCUCGCAAGUUUAACAUGAAAAUGAUCUAACGCAGUUGUGGAAUUUAUUAAUUUUGAACUAAAAAAAUAAGACAAAUGGAAAAGAAGACAUUUUCUUUCCUCCCUUACAAACCUGUGGAUCCUGGUCUGUUAGAGUAAUAUGUUUUUUCCUGAGUAAAGCACGAGAGGGGGGGGGGCAUUUCCUGACUUUCACAAGUGAGAGAGAAUGAAAGCACAUCCAGUGCUAUGGGGCAUUGGUGGGUUCUACAUGGCCUAUGGGGGCAUCAAUUGAAAGUCAAAUUUGUCAUAAGCAGUUCAUAUUCCUGUGGAUUUAUACUGGGAAAAAUAUAUCUGAAAAGAAAAACACUUCAAACAGCCAGAAUGCAAGAGGCAGAUCGAACUUUGUCCAUCGCUGUUUUGUGUCUGUAUUUUUUUAUUUAGUGUUUUUUAUUUUCAAGGUUGGAUGUCAAGUUAUGAAUGAGAUUUGUAUGGGUUGAUGAGCACAUUUAUACAACGUGCAUUUCAAGUACAUCAUCAUUAUACUGUGUGCUACAUAUGGUCUGUUUUCUUUCCUACAGUGAUGAUUGUUCUGUAAUCCAUCAAAAUGUAUAUCUGUGUCACAAUACCUGAUAAAAAAAGACUAGAGUAUGUCCCAGCAAUUAGUAGAACAUAGUAUGGUACAUGUUAGUGAUGUACUAUAUAAAACGUAAUUUGAUUGCCACUGCAGCUAAUUCGUAGCCACCUUCUUGGCCAAUAAAGUACAAUGAAGGAUACUGUAAAACAGUUUACAUUGGUCAUUAUGUGACCUGAAAAACAGAAUGAUAUAAAAAUAUAAGUGCUCUGAAAACUAUUUAUACCAAUUCUCAGUUCUGUACGCAACAAUCAACCAAAAAGGUAUUGUAAGAAUCAGUUUUACAAUGACAAAUAUCAAUAUUUAGUGAUAGAGAUUUUGGCAAAGAUCCCAUAGUUAAAUGUGACUCUUAAUAUAGGAUUUUAGCAUUUGGGAACUGCUCUAAUAAAACCUAUUUUAGCCCAGCAUCUGAUAUCAGUGUCACUUAUCCCUAAUAUUCAGAUGCAACCCAUACAGUGCACAGACAUGGCUUAAGGGCAUGAUACAGAAUGAAAUGUGAUAUGUUGCUGAUAUGAUGGGGCUCUGUACCAACAAUAGAUGCAGCAUGUAUCCUAUGGUUUUGCCAUCAAACAGAUUGUUGGUAUUAGUCCCUAGAUUCUAUAAGCGCUUAUCCCUGACUUUUAAUCAAAAACUAUUAUGUAAUGGUAUUAUUUGUGCUCAACAUGAUUGUGAAGAAUAAAGGUUGUGGUGCUCACAUUAUUUGGAUAUAUGUGCUCCUCAUGCUGUAGAAUAUUUCUUUCAUUGUUGGUUAUUUUUCUUGAUUGUUUUAUGAAAUCAAUUAUUUAUUCAUGCCGAUGCUCCCCCCCCAUCAAAGCCAUGGAAAUAUUACCUUCCAGGAUCAUUUACAGGUUUGCUAUUCCCCAGAAAUGUGCAAUGUUUGUCAAGGGGAAAAGUAACUGUGCUUAUUAUGCUCCCAGUUGGUCCUGCAUAUAAAUUCUGAGGAUACAGCCUUUCCUUUUCAAACACACACUGUGGACAGCUGGGCUUUGCAAACGUGUGUGAGGAUAAAGGCUAAGUUAUUUAUGAUGGAUGACAUUACAGACAACGACACAGUAAUGGGCUGGAAGUAUGGACAAAAUAUGCAGAUGGUUUGAGUGACACAGAUGGUUUCACCCAUGGAGCAAUCUGAAGCAGCUUUGGUGUAAUCCAUUUUGCAUAAAGGAAAAAAAAAAAAAAUCACUGGAUAUGGCUCAUGGUUCUCCCUCUUGCUGAUUAUGAAUGCUCUCUUUGUUCAAAGUGUGGCUACUGUACCUAGCCUUUUUUUGGUCCCGAGUGAUCCCGGGAAUCUGUUUUUUGUUUCCGUUAUUCCUUUUUUUAUUUUGACCCUGGACUAUGUUGACUGUGUAGUCCAAGCCAACUUUUUACAAAAAAAAAAAAGAUACUAAAAAAUAAAUCUAUGGAAAAUACAUUCAAAUUGUUCUGUGCAAUAAAGGUAAUAUGCAGA